GCAGCAGAGAGGAUCGAGGCUGGAGCUGAGGAGAGAUUAGACGGUUUUAUUUUAUAAGUUCAAACUUUCAGACUUUUAUAGUUUACGUUUUUAUUCAUAAACAGGAUUGAAAAGGUCUAGGAAAGGGCGGGAAAGAAGAGGACGAGCCAACAUGGCGGACUCAGGAGGACAGAGCCGCUACGAGCGUCUGACGGCUGAGCAGAUGGAUGAACAGAGGAUUCAGAGUGAGGCGUAUCAGUACCUGUGCAGGUUGGAGGAGGCUAAGCGGUGGAUGGAGGCGUGUCUGAGGGAGGAUCUUCCUGCUCCCACUGAGCUGGAGGAGGGGCUGAGGAACGGAGUCAUCCUCGCCAAACUGGGUCAUCGAUUCGCUCCCAACGCCGUCAGCGUGAAGAAGAUCUACGACCCUGAGCAGCUACGCUACAACGCUGUGGGGCUUCAGUUCCGUCACACUGACAACAUCAACCACUGGAGGAACGCUCUGACAUCACUGGGACUGCCAACGAUCUUCCAUCCUGAGACUACAGACAUUUAUGACAGGAAGAACAUGCCCAGAGCGGUUUACUGCAUCCACGCCCUCAGUCUGUUUCUGUACCGACGGGGUUUGGCUCCACCCAUUCAGGACCUGUAUGGAAAAGUGAAGUUCACAGAGGAGGAGAUCAACAACAUGAAGAUGGAGCUGGAUAAAUACGGCAUACAGAUGCCGGCGUUUAACAAGAUCGGAGGAAUUCUGGCCAAUGAGCUGUCAGUGGACGAGGCUGCAGUCCAUGCGGCGGUGAUAGCCAUUAACGAGGCGGUGGGCCGUGGCCGUGUGGAGGUGACGGCGGAGGCUCUGAGGAACCCGAACGCGCUCCUCACCAACCUACAGGAGGCGCUGAUGAGCGUCUACCAGGAGAUGUUACAACAGGCCAGAAGAAGAAAAACAAAGCAGGCAGCCAGCAGGGGAGGAGGUACAGAAGAGAAGGACAUCUAUGAGGAGUUUCUGACUCAGAAGGAGAUCCAGGAGAACAUCGACAUGGUCAACAUCCGCUCUGCGGUGGAGCAGGUGGAUGAAGCUCUGGACUCGCUGGAUGAACUCGCUCUGCUCGCCGCUCUGCAGCUGCCAUGUUUGGCCCUCAGGGGCCUCCGUACUGACAACGGGCCCUGGUACCUGGGUCAGCUGUCUGCAGACCGCCAGCAGAAGGCCCUGGAUCAGGGCUGUGUGGAUCCUCUGGAGCCUGAUGAGCUUCAGGAAGGAGUGACCAUUGCCAACCAGGACGCCACAAGAGCCUUAAACGUGAAUGCAGCGGUGCAGAACGUGAAUGAGUCACUACGUGGCGAUGACCCCCGACACACAGUCAGCUGUCUGUUGACCUCUGACCUUGGGCUGCCCGACGUGUUUCCGUUUGCUGCGACUCUUUAUCAUCGAGAGCUGCAGCUGCUGCAGAGACAAAGCCCUCAGGGGGAGCUGCAGCAGGAGGAGCUGUUUGUUGCCGUGGAGAUGCUGUCAGCAGUCGCUCUCAUCAACCAGGCCUUGGAGGCUGGGCGUCUGCAGCCAUUCAGCUCCUCAUUGGUCAGUCCGUCUGCAGGGCUGUCUGACAUCGACCACUCACUGAUGGACAGGUACUUUGAUGCUCUGUACCGUGUGAAACAGAGGGCGGGAAAACAGCUGCUCACCUGGAACCAGCUACAGGAAGAAAUCAACAUGGUCAACGCUUCAGUGCAGGACGAACAUCAGAAGCUGCAGGUGUUGCAUCAGGUAAACGAGGCCGUGCUGAGAGGAGACUCUGAGCGUCUGCUGGCUGCUCUCAUGCUGCCCUCUGUUGGACUAGAGGAGGUACUGCCUGCAAACAGCUGCAGGUACCUGAGCCUGCUGACCUCGGCCAGGAGACACCGAGCACAGGUGAGCAGAGACCCGGAGGCUGAGCUGUGGUUGGACGACAUCCAGGAGGCUGUGAGGAGAGCCAAUCAGCAGAGCCAGAGAGCUCUGAAGAUGUGUCUGUGCGUCGCUGCAGUGAAUCAGGCAGCGAAGGAGAGCCGAGCCAAUCAGACGCUCCGAGUGCUCAGUCUACCUGAGGUUCACCUGCAGGGAGUCAUUCCCAGCUGUGCUGCCGAGUACCAGCGAGAGCUGCAGAACGCUAUCAGACAGCGGGUUAACAUGGGUGAUAACAGGAGUCCAUGGGUUCGCCAGCGUCUGGAAGAUGGAUCCUUCUAUUAUUUCCACCUCAGCCGUCUGGAGGGCUGCUGGGAGAAACCCAACGGCUUCAUCAACAACAGCGUGUUCCUGGACCGUGAGCUGAUCCAGGAAGUGGUCAGCAGUGUCUCGGGCUCAUACAGUCGCAACAUGCUGUGGCGGAGCAACGAAUCACUCAUUGUACGCCUACAGGCGAUGUGUCGCGGUUUCCUGGUCCGACAGACGCUGGAUGCUCGACAGCGUUACCUGAUCAGCCAGACACCUGCAGUCAUCACCAUUCAGUCUCACUGGAGGAGGUUUGUCCAGCAGAGGGCGUACCGUCAGCGUCUGCAGUUCCUCUAUAUGAACUGGAGAGCUGUUGUCAAGAUCCAGGCGUUUGCCAGGAUGUGGUCGGCGAGGAGAAAAUACCGGGCUCGGCUGAGUUUCUUCAGACGUAAUGUGGGCGCUGUCAUAAAGAUCCAGGCCUUCUUCAGAGCUAACAGAGCUCGAGAAGAGUACAGGAUGUUGGUGCAAUCGGCUACACCCCCUCUGUCUGUGGUCAGGAAGUUUGUUCACCUGCUUGACUUGGGCGACGGUGACAUCAGAGAGGAGGCGGAGCUUCUGCAACUUAGGGAGGAGGUUGUGAGGACCAUCCGUUUCAACCGCCAGCUGGAGACGGACCUUAACCUGAUGGACCUGAAGAUCGGCCUGUUGGUCCGGAACCGUGCCACACUACAGGAAGUGGUGUCCCACUGUAAGAAGUUGACAAAGAAGAAUAAGGAGCAGCUGUCGGACAUGAUGGCUGUGGAGAGGAGUAAGGGACUGAAGGCUCUGAGCAGGGAGAGGAGAGAGAGGCUGGAAGCAUACCAACACCUCUUCUACCUGCUGCAGACCCAGCCAUCUUACCUGGCUCAGCUGAUCUUCCUGAUGCCUCAGAGCCGAUCCACGUCCUUCAUGGAGAUGUUGGUCUUCAGUCUUUUUAACUACGGCUCCGACUGUAGGGAGGCCUACCUGCUGCUGCAGCUCUUCACCGAGGCUCUGCGCCAUGAGAUCAGGCUGAAGGUGGAGCAGCCUCAGGACGUGGUCACGGGUAACCCCACCGUCAUCAAGAUGCUGGUCAACUUUUAUCGCCACGCUCGUGGUCAGAACGCUCUACGGGACGUCCUCGGUCCGGCCCUGCAGGACGUCCUGAGCGACCGUACCAUCAGCAUCCGCACCGACCCCGUGGACAUCUACAAGACCUGGAUCAACCAGACCGAGAGCCAGACCGGGACCAAGAGCUCUCUCCCAUACAACGUCUCACCUCAGGACGCUCUGGCUCACCCUGAAGUUCAGAGACGCAUCGACAUCGCCAUGGUGAACCUGAAGAACCUGACGGACCGCGUGAUGAAAGCCAUCACCUCCAGCCUCCACAAACUGCCGUAUGGAUUACGUUACACGGCAAAGGUUCUCAGAGACGCUCUGAGGUCAAAGUUUCCUGAGGCCAGCGAGGACGAGGUCUACAAAAUCGUAGGUAACCUGGUCUACUAUCGCUACAUGAACCCAGCCAUUGUGGCUCCAGAUGGUUUUGACGUGGUGGACCGUUCUGCAGGCUCCGCCCUGCAGCCUGAGCAGCGCCACAUCCUCGGCUCCAUCGCCCGCAUGCUGCAGCACGCCGCCGCCAACAAACACUUCCACGGAGACGGAUACCACCUCAGAGCGCUGAACCAGUACAUCACCCAGACCCACCACAGGUUCAGGAAGUUCCUGCUGAGUGUCUGUGACGUUCCUGAACCCGAGGACAGGUUCAACAUGGACGAGUUCUCUGAGCUGCUCAUCGUCCACAAACCACUCGUCUACAUCUCAGUGAGCGAGCUGCUCAACACUCACCAGUUGUUGUCAGAGCAGCAGGACGUUCUGUGUCCCGACCCCUCUGACCCCCUCAGACUGCUGCUGAACGACCUCGGACCCGUGCCCACCCUGCAGGAGCUCACUGGUGAGAGUUCAGGUGAAGCAGAGUCUAAGACGGAGGUUUCUCUGACGCUGACCAACAAGUUUGACGUCUUUAACGAGUCUGACGAGCAGCAGGACGUCAGAGCGCUGCUGCUCAGCACGAAGCAGCUGAUCAUCGAUGUCAUCAGGACUCAGCCAGGCGACUCUCUGAGCUACAUCCUGAGAGCGUCUGCGUCACAUGACCAGGUAGCGUGUCAUGAUUGGCUGGUGCAGCGGCGUGCUAAGCAGGACGCUCGCACACCCGUUAAGAUGAGGAGGAACGAGUCACUGGUGGCCAAUGGUAACCUUCGUUUGGAAGAGAAGAAGAAGAAGAUCCUGAGGUGUCUGCGCCGUCUGGAGGGGCGAGGCAUACUGACUCCACCCGACACUGAGAACCAGAUCCUGCAGAUGAUCGCCAAGGACAUCCGUCAGCAACGUCUGCACCGUCAGCGCCGAGGGGCGGAGCUUCAGAAGCUGCGUCAGACUCUGAGCAGUCUACAGAUGAAGAGCAGCUUCCACAGCGAGCAGGUGGACUACUACAGACAUUACAUCACUUCCUGUCUGGAUAACCUGAGCAAAUCAACCAAUAAGAAGGCAGCGGAGAGUAAAACCAAGAAAAAACUGCCUGCACUGAGCUACAGCGCCGCCCGGCUGCAGGAGAAGGGAGUGCUGCUGGAGAUCAGCGACCUACCGCACACACAGUUUAAGAACGUCAUCUUUGACAUCACCACAGGACCUGAGACAGGAAGUUUCAGAGUAAAAGCACGAUUUCUGGGGGUGGAGAUGGAGGAGUUCCUGCUCAAAUACCAGGAUCUGCUGCAGCUCCAGUAUGAGGGCGUGGCUGUCAUGAAGAUGUUCGACAAGGCCAAGGUCAACGUUAACCUACUCAUCUUCCUCCUCAACAAAAAGUUCUUCAAGAAAUGAACCAAGUGACCCCCUUACCUUACACUCCUUUCUCUGUUUCAUAUCUCACGACAUCAUCCAUUUAUCUGUUUCUUUAUUCUUAUAUAUUCUCAAAUAAGUAACCAAAUAAUGCCUCUUCACUACACUCCUAACUGUUUCAUAUCUCACAACAUCAUCCAUAUAUCUGUUUCUUAUUUCUUUAUACAUUCUCAAAAAAGGACCCAAAUAAUGCCUCUUCACUACACUCCUGUUUCAUAUCUCACUACAUCAUCCAUAUAUAUGGUAUUUAUAAAUUCUUUAUGUAUUCUUGAAUAAGUAACAGAGUGAUGCCUCUUCACCGCACUCCUAUCCCUGUUUUCUGACCUUAUUAUUAUCUUUAUGUUGUGAUGAGUUUAAAUUCUUUAUCUGUUUCCACAUCACAUUUAAUGCAGAGGGAAUGAUUUUCACUGCAGUCCUAUCUUUGUUUCUUUACCUGCCAUUUUGUGUUUGAACAUUUAAGGAGUGACAGAUCGUCUUUACACUCCUAUCUCUGAAUCGUAUCCUCCUAUGUAUCUGAUUGAUUGAUAAAUUGAUCCAUGCUCAUCAUGUAUCUCAUUAUAUUAUCUGUUAAGCUUCACAAUUUAUAACAGAGUGAGAUGUCACCCUGUCUCUCCAAUCUCUGUGCCAUAUCCUUGAUCCAUACUUAUGAUCUUAAAAUAUUAGCUUUUUAAGUUUCACAAUAUACAACAGAGUGAGAUGUCAUCUUAACACUAUCUUUAUUUUUAUCUCAAUAUAAAACGUUCUAUCACUACUUUCUCUCUUUGGGAUCAUGGUAUUUGGUACAGAGUGAGACCUCUUUCAUCACUCCUGUAAAUAUUUUCUCUCUUUUCCUGUCUGUUUGAGAAAACCUGUAAAAAUUUUAAUAUUUUUACUUCAAUAAAGGUGUUUAAAACUGA